GUUUCAGCUAGCAAAAUGGACGAGGAAUUGGCUAAGGUGGAGGCUCAAAUCGGGCUUCUUGAGCCGCAGAUCCAAGCGGCUGGGGAAUCUUUUCUCUCUGCCCUUCAGAGUGGCAAUCAAUCUCUGGCGGAAUAUUGGCGGAAUGAGAAAGAGCAGCUGCGGAAGAAGGAAGAGCAGCUGUGGAAUGAGAAAGUGCAGCUGCGGGAGGAAAAACUCCUUCUCCUCAGAAGUAAUGUGCCCCAUGGAAUCGAAACAGAAAUAACACGCCGGUGUGACACUUAUAUCUCUUUCAAACGGGAGGCAAUAAAACAGUUAGCAGUAGACGAGUCAGGUUACAAAGCAAGGUUCCCUUCUGCUCGGACACUCGUGUACUCACUUGGUGGUAGACCAUGCAUUUUGUGGGAAGGUGUUGGAAGUGGACUCGUAGAGUUGGACACAAGAUUUGCAGGAAGGUUGUCAAGUCAGCAGGUUACUGUGGUCUUAGCACCUAGUGGAUCAGGGAAAACAAGAAUGCUGAUUGAACUCGCUAGCACCAGGUUCAGUUUGUUUUUCACAGGUGACCGUCCCAUGGUUGGGUUUGGAGGAGGAUCAAAAGAUAUUCACAGAGUGGCCAACUGGAUGGAAAACAGUUUUCCGAGAGGAGAAAGAAAUAUUACCCCAGAGCAUCCAGUGGUGCUGUGUGGCGUGGGGGCCUUAAUCCUUGCACGUCUCAGUUUUUUCAAAUUAUUGAAAGAGUGUAAGCCAGGGCUUGUUCCACGAGACUGGGCGUUUUUUCAGCUGGAGUAUCCGGCAGUUGAUGACGUGUUUCUGGGACUGCUUGAGGUGUUGCUUGGUUUGGUUCGUGACGUCCAUCAAGUGCCCACUUUUGUUAUUUACUUCACUAGCAGCAUAGAAAAGCUGGUAAAAGAGGUGGGUUGGGGGGAUGCCACAGUAGUGCUAGACGAAGCGCAGUCAUUAUUACAGUGCAUGAAGGGGCGCUUCAUAUCAGGCCGAACUCCUCAGGAAGGGCAGUCGCUGUUGAAUCCCAUCGUCCUUGCGCUCAAGUCAUAUGGUGUGCUGCAAAGUCCCCUGUUUGUUUCAGGUACAGGAAAGAGCAUGUUGACGGUUCGGGAGGAUCUUCUUUCUGGAACUAUGAAACCGUUUGAUGUGCGAGAGAUUUACAGUCUACCUGGGUUUGAUGGCAGCAACAUCCAAGCGUUUAUGGAAAGGUUUAUAGAUGUUAGUCGACUAGACAUGCUAGCUGUUAUCUCCACCUACACAGGAAGAAGAAGAAUUUUAUCAACCGCUAUUGAGCAGUAUAUUAUGGAGACUGCACCUACUGCAGAUUGGUUCAUGGAGUUUGCACGAAGGAUGAUCACUAAAACAGGCCGGGAACUUGGAGUCUAUCGCUCUCUGAGGGAUGAUGCGGUUUUGCUGUGCAACGAUCCUGAGACGGCAAACUUUAUAGAAGAUCUGAUAUUUACUUACUAUCUCUCAGGUGCCGGACAUGUGAUUGUACCAGGACGGAGGAGGGCCAUGACUCUUGUAGACUGUGGUUUCGCAACUCUCCUUGAGAGCAGCGAUGGAGCAGAACCUUUUGCCCCAAUAGUUCCAUAUAUCAGAGGGGUCACCGAUAAUGAAGCUCAAGCUCCUGGUUUGCCAGUUACAAUAGAGACUCGUCGUUUGUCAGUUACAACAGAGAUUCGGUAUGUAAUCUUGCGAGAGCCUUUGGUGGUAGAUGCACUGUGGCACCACAUGUCACAGGGUAUGCACAUGGGAUACUUUCUGAACGCAUUUAGACAGCGUGUAAUCAACUUCGAGACAUAUGUAUGUUGGGAGCUUGGACGUGCCUUUGAGAAGAAGGUACCGGCAGAGGUGCUCGGAUUGGUUGAAACACACACCACAUACAAGGAGACAUAUGAGCUUUUAAAACAGAGAGGGGCAUCAGAGGGAGCUGUUACAGUGAUUGAAAAUGCAGAACAGCUGAACGAGUGGCUCAAGUCAGUGGAGACUAGUGUUUCGUUUGCAACAUAUGGUUGGAUAGGGCAAUUUUGUGAAGCAGGACCAGAUGCGAUGUUUUUCCUGUGGAAUGGUAAGCUGAACAAGAUUAUGCCUGUGUUUGUACAAAUCAAAACGGGAAGUGACCUUGGAGCAACUCAAGCAUUUGCGACGCUGGACAUCAUGAAGCUGGACAAGAAAGUGAAUGCAGAAGGCUCUCACAAACUCAAAGAGUGGUGUUCCACUGGGUACAUAAGGUUGGUUAUGACAACAAAGGAAUGCUCACGAGCAGGAAUGCGGGCAAGGCAGAGUGAGCGUUUAAAAGGAAAAUGUUCGGAAGAAGAAGCAGGGGUUCCACCUUUGUCAGCUAUUUGGGCCAAUGAAAGGAUACGUGGUAUUGUGAACACAGAAUUACUAGAAGCUAUAGAAAAGUUCAAAUAAAAACGGAAUAAGUUGCA